UGAUGGAGAGAUAUGGAUAUCUUCUUCUCGAGCUCGUAUCUAAUUCAGCUUGUAAUCCUCUCCAUCUCUCUUCUUCUCAUCAUCUUCACCAUUUACAAGCACAAAUCACCCUCCCGCCCCAAACUUCCACCUGGUAGAAGAGGAUGGCCAAUCGUUGGCGAAACUUUGGAAUACGGCAGGGCCUGCAAAAGUGGGGAACCAGAAAAGUUCAUAAUUGAUAGAAUGAGCAAUUACUCAACGGACGUGUUCCAAACCUCCUUGUUUGGAGAGAAUCUUCUUGUGUUUUGCGGCGCUUCUGGGAACAAGUUCAUGUUUUCAAGUGCAAACAAGCAUGUCACCCCAUGGUGGCCACGCUCCAUAAGCGCAGCUCUGAAUUUUCCUUCUGACAUGGGAUUUCUUCAGGACGACCUCACCAAAUUACGAGCAAUGCUCCCUGAGUUUCUCAAACCAGAGGCUCUACAGCGCUACAUACCUAUAAUGGAUUCCAUGGCGAAAGAACACUUGGAGAUAGCUUGGUCUCCUUAUAAUGAAGUGAAGGUUCUCCCACUGACAAAGGAGUACACCAUUGCAGUUGCUUGUCGGGUAUUCAUAAAUAUAAAAAAUCUGGAGCAUAUAACCAGAUUUGCCAAUCUCUUUGGUCUUCUUACAAAGGGCAUUUUAUCUGCUCCUAUUAAGCUUCCAGGCACAGCUUUCAGUCGUGCUGUUAGAGAAGGCAAGCUUCUCCAUGAAGAGUUCCUUGCUAUCAUUAGAGAGAAAAAGAUGGAGUUGUUAGAGAAGAAAGGGCCAGCAAAAGAAGACCUGCUGAGUCGCAUGCUCUUAAUGGCAGAUGAGAACGACAGAGGAAUGAACGAGAAGUUGAUCGCUUCUCAGAUGAUAGGGUUUUUCAUCGGCAGCUACAUUACAACAAGUUCAACAAUUACAUCCAUGCUGAGAUAUCUUGCAGAGUUUCCAAAUGUCUACAGCAAGGUCUUAAAAGAACAAAUGGAGAUAGCAAAGUCCAAAGGUCCAGGCGAGUUGUUGAGUUGGGAGGACAUUCAGAAGAUGAAGUAUUCAUGGAAUGUGACAUGUGAAGUAAUGAGAUUAGCACCACCUAUUCAAGGAGCUUACAGAGAGGUCACAACUGAGUUCACUUACGCAGGUUCUAUAAUUCCAAAAGGAUGGAAGGCUUACUGGACAGUAGCUUCAACACACAAAAAUCCAAAAUAUUUUCCCGAACCAGAAAAGUUCGAUCCUUCAAGAUUUGAAGGGAGAGGGCCUGCACCAUACACUUUUGUACCAUUUGGAGGAGGACCUCACAUGUGCCCUGGGAAGGAAUAUUCACGAUUAGAGAUACUCACUUUCAUUCAUAAUGUGGUGACCAAAUUCAAAUGGGAGAAACUAAAUCCCGAUGAAAAGAUUAUAUUCAACCCAGCACCUUCUCCUGUGAACGGUCUUCCUGUUCGCCUUGAACCUCUAAUAUUUAAGAAUUAG